ACGAUUCUUAGAUUUGUAAAAAUCUAACCUAAUAGCUUAAAAAAAAUAAACAAAAGAAAAUUGUACUUAUAAAAAUAGUUCAGUUGGUCUAAUUAGUACCUUUAAUGUUUAUGAAGUUUUCUAAUAACAUAUAUAUGUUGUGAAUAUAUAUAAAUUAAUUAGUUCUUUUUAUGUUAAAAAAUAAAAUUGCAUCAUGACUUUGGGCGAAAUUCACAAAAAUUUACCAUGGGUUGAAAAAUAUCGUCCUUCCAAGUUGGAAGAUUUGGUUUCACACGAUGAUAUCAUUAAUACAAUUAAUCAGUUUAUGAAAACGAACCAACUACCACACUUGUUGUUUUAUGGACCACCUGGUACAGGAAAGACUUCAACUAUUCUUGCUUGUGCUAGACAAAUGUAUACUCCACAACAAUUCAAUUCAAUGGUUUUAGAACUGAAUGCGUCGGAUGAUCGAGGCAUAGGCAUUGUGCGGGGACAAAUUUUAAAUUUUGCAUCUACGCGUACAAUUUUUAAAGCAGGCCCGAAAUUGAUAAUAUUGGAUGAAGCAGAUGCGAUGACAAACGAUGCACAGAAUGCUCUUAGGCGAAUAAUAGAAAAGUAUACGGACAAUGUACGAUUUUGUAUAAUAUGCAACUAUUUGGGCAAAAUAAUUCCGGCACUGCAGUCGAGAUGCACGAGGUUUCGUUUUGCUCCGCUUAAUAAAAAUCAAAUCGUACCAAGACUUAAGGAAAUUGCUGCUGCUGAAGGUGUGAAAAUGUCGGAAGAUGGUAUGACUGCGCUUCUAACCCUAUCGGGUGGUGAUAUGCGGAAAGUGUUGAACACACUACAGAGCACUUGGUUGGCGUAUCGUGACGUCACCGAAGACAACGUGUACACGUGCGUGGGCCAUCCGUUGCGCUCUGAUAUUAAUAACAUUCUCAGCUGGUUGCUCAACGAAAAUGAUUUUGCUAUGUGUUUUAAAAAUAUCCAGGAGGUCAAGAUUGCAAAAGGUCUGGCUUUGGGAGAUAUACUUACUGAGAUACAUACUAUAAUACAAAGAAUGAAACUUCCACCGGAUGUGUUGGUAUCGUUGUUAAUCAAGAUGGCCGAUGCGGAGGCGCGGCUCGCGAGCGGUUGUAGCGAGAAGAUUGAACUCGCCGCAUUGAUUGCUGCGUUUCAAAUCGCGAGGGAUAUGGUCAAAGUAGACACUACAGCGUCAUAGUAUCAUAUUUUAUAUUUUUUUUCUUACAUUAAACAAUACAGAGUUUGUAAUCAGUGUUCAUUUCAGAUAAAAGAAAAUUUUAUAUAGAGUUAUGAAUCGAAAAAAUUGAGUUUGGAUAAUUUUCAUAAAUAAUUUUCACACAAUA